ACAAACAAAAUAAAAAAAGGACACAAGUGAAGAAGGAAAGGAAAAAAAAGGGGGAUGGGUCAUGGGGGAAUGUGAAGAACGCGUCAUGUAGUUAAAGCAACGAACGCGGCGUGUGAUCAGAUGAUAUAUCCUCCUUCAACCUUACACUCCUUUUUCUCUCCUUUGUCUCCUCCUCUUGUUUCUCUCUUUCAAUUUCUGUUUUCCCCCUUCUAAUUUUGGCCACCGUGUCAUCUUAACAUCAAAACAUAUAUAUACAUAUUGUAUAUACGCACACCACUUCUUUCCUUCUAAGAGCCAUGACUGGCAGAGAAAUCCUCAAUAAGAUGAAGGAAAAAGUUCAAGAAAAAGUUGGCAUAAACCCUUCCAAUGCUGAUUCUGGGAAAGGGAAGAGUAAAAUGUCGAAGAACAUAACACAUGGUUAUUAUUUAAUCAAGGGGAAAUCGAAACACCCUAUGGAAGACUACGUUUUUGCAGAGUUCAGGCAAGUUGACGACAUCGAGCUCGGUUUAUUUGCCAUAUUUGACGGUCAUUUGAGCCAUGUUAUUCCCGAUUAUUUGAAGACGAAUUUGUUUAAAAAUAUCUUGAAUGAGCCUAACUUUUGGACAGAACCGGAGAAUGCGAUUAGGAAAGCGUAUGAUGUAACCGAUACAAAUAUAUUGGAACAGGCCAUUGAUUCGGGCAAAGGGGGUUCCACAGCAGUGACGGCAAUAUUGAUCAACUGCCAGAAGCUGUUAGUAGCAAAUGUUGGCGAUUCUCGGGCUGUGAUAUGUAAGAAUGGUGUGGCUAAACAGCUUUCAGUUGAUCAUGAGCCUGCUUCCGAAAGGGAGAGCAUCGAAAAUAGAGGUGGUUUCGUUUCGAGCUUUCCAGGGGAUGUAGCUCGUGUUGACGGUCAGUUGGCUGUGGCCAGGGCGUUUGGUGACAAGAGUUUAAAGAAACAUCUUACCUCAGAGCCGGAUGUGACCACUGAAACGAUAGAUGAUGAGACCGAGCUCGUAAUAUUGGCAAGUGAUGGUUUAUGGAAGGUUAUGUCGAACCAAGAAGCUGUCGAUGCCAUCAAAGGCAUUAAGGACGCUAGAUCUGCUGCAAAGCACCUAACUGAGGAAGCUGUUAAUAGGAACAGCAAGGAUGACAUUUCCAUCGUAGUUGUAAGAUUUUAGUGAUCUGUAAGUGUGUCUGACUUCUCUUGUUUCUGUUUGAUCGAUUUCCUUUCGAACCUUUGUCAUGUUCGAGAAUGCUUAUGCAUAUUUUGUGUCGGUACCCGAAGCUUUCUACACUAAACUGUAAUGAAGUUGUAUAAGAAUCAAUGAAACUAAUGAAGCUGUCUAAGAAGUAAUGAAACUGAAGUUGAAUUUGUAUCA